AUGCAGUUCAUCAAAUGCCUUAUCCUGCUCUCCAUCGUAUACAAAGUCCAGAAUAAUCAGUUCCUAUUUGUGGAUGUUGGGGAAAAAGCAACACUCGUGCGCAAUUUUUCAGAAAACAUUACCAACGUAGACAAAUUUCUUUGGUAUAAAAGAGAAGAGAAUAAACUAAGGCUUUUAACAGAUAAAUGUGGGCCUGAUGGCAGCAAUGGGAAAUUUAACUGCAAGAGUGAAGCACAGGAGCUGACACUAGAAAUUUUUAACACAAAAGAAGAAGACACUGGCUUAUAUCUGUAUGCGGACAAAACCUCAAAUUACUUUUCCUUGAACUUUGUCGAUGCAUUUUCUUUGAUUGUGGGAGACAGUUAUACCUCAAGCAGUUGGGUGAUGAUUUUACAGCCUUCUGCACAAGACCAGGCAAUACAGAGUGGCAGUCAGCUGGCUUGUGUGGUUCAUGGAGUUUCCAACUGGGUCCAGAUAUCCUGGAAUGCCUCUCACAUUCUCCAAGAUGGACAGACUCUUUUAAUGAAAAACCACAGUGGUUCCUUAACAUUUGUCAGCAUCCUUUACAUCCCUGAAAAUUCUUCCAUCAGUGGGGAGGAAUUUAUCUGCAAAGUCAAAUUCAAUUCAUCUGGCAUGCCCAUGAGUCUGAGCACCACACUGUAUGCAGAAACAACUUUCCAUACAAAUGACUAUCAACAUUAUGCAAUACCUUUGUCUGUCAUAGGAAUACUGGCAUUUCUGCUACUAAUUGUGAUCUGGCUUUGGAUUCGAUGCUGCCCUUCUAGAUUAGGUUUCCAGCCCAAGGAUUCAGUGCCACCAGCUUUAGAGACAUUACAGGAGGACAUUUGCUACUCUGAUCUGGUGUUUCAUUCAAAUAAUGAGGAUAGGGAGAAGGCAAGACAAACAUCUGUGAAGAUCUGAGCAACCAGUGAAAACUGAUAAGCAGAAACCUGGAUGAAAAAUAUAACUCAUCUUUAGAAGCUGGGAUUAGAAACUCAGAUCUGAGAUUUUCAUAGAAUGUGACCCUAAGAUUUGAUUUUUCCCUUUUACAAUGUAAAUAAUUAUCUAUUUUACACAACUGUCAAUAAAGG